AUUUUCUUUGUUGCAAAGUCUUUAUACAUUUAUAUAUAGUUUUUUCAUUUUCUGUGAUAGGGUUACCAUACAAAGCGAUUAAAACAUAUAAUAAACGACAUUCGACGAUACUUAAUACAUUCCUUAUAUUAACGACCUUAUAAUGAAUACACAAGCUGAAAAUAUUAGACGAACACUUGAUGUUAGUAAGGGAGAAAACGCCGUAAUGAGAAACGAAAGCAGUUUUCUAAAAGAAGAAAGACUUGGAGGAAGCCAGACCCAAUAUGUAAAGAGCUUCGCAGCAGUCAACGCUAAAAAGGGGCUGGGACUAUCACAACAAGGAUUAUCGCAACAAGGAUACGAAGCCCGUAAAGGUCUUUCUGACAAUAGCAACAAAGUAAUGAAUAAAGCCAGUAAAGCGCCAGAGAAAGUAGCGGAGAAGGAAGAAGCUGCCCCAGUACCAAUUGAAGAUACCCAGGAAUCCUUAAAAGAGGAAUUUUUUAAGGACAAUCAAACAAGAUACAAGAACGAUGAACCUGAAUUAGAAGGCUUCCGUGACAUUGUUCCUAUUUUACCAAUUAAAGUACCUCAACAUUUGCGCCAUUUGUAUAUCAAGAAGCCUGUAUUUAAUACCAAGUCGACAUCAGGAACCACAUCAGGAAGCAAGAGACCUAAUGAAGAACCUCAACCCGAAGCCGAAAAGAAAUUACGAUCUACAGAACCAACAAUGUUCCGACCUGAUGCACCUGCUUUGAAUCUCAAGUUAAACGAAGAAACUCUCGAUUUGAAUAAGGAGCAAGAAACGAGAGCCAAGUUAGCCAUGUUGCAAACUACACAAACACUGAAAGAACACCAAUGGAAUGAUCCUAUGCUUGUUGCGGAAUAUGCUGGAGAGAUCUUUGGUUAUUUAUACGAUGCCGAGCCAAAAUGUAUGGCCGACCCUUCUUACGCGAUGAUCUCACAACACGAAGUUACCUGGAAGAUGCGUAGUGUCUUGGUGGAUUGGGUGAUUGAAAUUCAUUGCUUGUUCAAUUUAUUACCAGAGACUUUAUUCUUAGCCGUGAAUAUUAUUGAUCGAUUCUUAUCUCAACGUACUGUCGUACUUGGUAAAUUACAAUUGGUUGGGAUCACUUCUUUGUUUAUUGCUGCUAAAUUUGAAGAAAUGAUUUCUCCCACCAUGUUUGAUUUCUUACACAUGACGGAUAAUGCUGUGAAGGAUGAUGAAUUGAUCAAGGCAGAACGUUUUAUCUUGCAAGUCUUGGAUUUCCGACUUUGUUAUCCUAAUCCUGUGAAUUUCUUGCGUCGUGUAUGUACAGAUGAGUUAAAGUGUGAUGUGCAUACUCGUACUUUAGCAAAUUACUUUAUGGAGAUCUCUUGUGUGGAUCACAAGUUUAUUGGUAUCCGUCCCUCUAAAAUCGCUGCUGCCUCACUCUGGUUAUCCAAGAAGAUGCUUGCUAAAGGUAAAUGGAAUUCAAACUUCUCCAAGUUGGCUGGUUAUACACCAGAGGAUUUAAAACCCACCGUGGAGGCCAUGUUAGAUUUUCUGUCUCAGCCUCUUACCCAUGACGCCUUCUUCAAAAAAUGGUCAUCCAGUAGAUUGUCCAAAGCAAGCAUAUUUGUUCGUGAUUGGGUGAACAGAUAUUACAUCAAUGAAUAAAUCAACAACAACCCUCUCUUCAUAACAUAUCAAUAUUACAACGCAAUUUUAUUUCAUUUUAUUUCCCUUCCUCCUCCCUCAAU